CGUGACAGAUAUUAACCUCAGCCACUAAGCCAACUUUAAGAGAAAGUGGGUGUGGCUUUCCCCAAAGACGGAACGGCAGAGGGGAGGGGGAAGCUGAAAAGAGGCUUGUAAUGGCGACGGGUUUGCCAGAUAAUUUGAAGCAACCUACCAUGGUUUGGGAAGUGAAAACAAAUCAGAUGCCUAAUGCAGUACAGAAACUUCUGUUAGUGAUGGACAAGAGAACUUCAGGGAUGGAUGAAUCUUUAGAAUUGCUAAAGUGUAAUGAGAAUCUACCUUCUUCUCCUGGAUAUGCAUCUUAUGAUGAGCACAUGGAACUUGAUGAUCUUCCUGAACUGCAGGCUGUUCACAAUGAUUCUACUCCACCUGCCCUUUUCCAACUGAGUGCUGAUGUUUCCCAUCAGGAAUAUUCAAGGCCUUUGUGGAAUCAGCAUACCUCAAGCAACAGUUCAGAAAGUACUUGUGAGGAUGGAGUGAACUGGUUGACAGAAUUGGCAAAUAUAGCUACUAGUCCACAGAGUCCUCUGAUGCAGUGCUCUUUUUAUAACAGAUCAUCUCCUGUGCACCUAAUAGCUACAAGCAAAAGUUUACAUUCCUAUGCACGUCCACCACCAGAAUCAUCACAAAAUGAUUCUGGUUUUUCUAAGCAUGAUAUCAGUGACUCGCCAGUCAAACAUGAAAGGACAAAUAGUGAAUCAGAGUCUGGCAUUUUCUGUAUGUCAUCACUGUCAGACGAUGAUGAUCUCGGGUGGUGCCACUCUUGGCCUCCAACUGUUUGGCAUUGUUUCCUUAAAGGAACACGUGUAUGCGUUCACAAAGGAUACAGUAAAGAAUGGAUGGAUGUUGAAGAUUUUGCUAGAUCCAGACGUUUUAAAAAUGAAACUGAGGAUUCUAGUAGUACCAGCAAAGGAUAUGGUUCUGAUGGUUUGAAGUUGAUAUCACAUGAAGAAAGCAUUUCCUUUGGCGAGUCAGUGCUAAAAUUGACUUUUGAUCCGGGCACAGUCGGAGAUCACUUUCUUACUGUAGAAUGUAGACUAGAUCAUCCAUUCUAUGUUAAAAAUAAAGGUUGGUCAUCUUUCUAUCCGAGCCUGACUGUGGUUCAGCAUGGUAUUCCAUGCUGUGAAAUGCAUAUUGGAGACAUAUGCCUACCUCCUGGACACCCUGAUGCAAUUAAUUUUGAUGAUUCAGGCGUUUUUGAUACGUUCAAAAGUUUUGAUUUUACACCAAUGGAUUCCUCUGCCGUCUAUGUGUUAAGCAGUAUGGCUCGCCAGCGUCGUGCUUCUUUAUCUUGUGGAGGAUCAGGAAGCCAAGACUUUGAAAAAUCAGAAUGCAUUACAAACUGUGGGCCUGCUCAGUCAUCACAGAUUUCAUCCAGUUCUUUGUAUAGUAAAGCUGGCAAAAGCCACAGCUCAGGGACUGCAAGUACUGUGAGUCCCAACUCUCCCAACAAAUGCAAAAGACCAAUGAAUGCCUUCAUGCUUUUUGCCAAAAAGUACAGAGUAGAAUAUACUCAGAUGUAUCCAGGAAAAGAUAACAGAGCCAUAAGUGUGAUACUUGGUGACAGGUGGAAGAAAAUGAAAAAUGAAGAAAGGCGGAUAUACACAUUAGAAGCCAAGGCCUUGGCUGAAGAACAAAAACGUUUAAAUCCUGACUGCUGGAAACGGAAACGAACAAAUUCAGGUUCACAAUAACGUUGAAUUGGAAUUCUUCUAGAAGUAGUUGGUGGUGGAAGAAGACUUGAUUGUUUCACGAUUUGUUGCGAAGGUGUGACCAUAAAAUACUGGCAGCAUUGAGUCAAUAGGAAUGAGGAUUUGCGUAUUACAUUAGAGCA